GCUUUCAAAUUUUAAUAGAUCGAGUUGAUUAUGGACCAAACAACCAAUUUCAUACCGACAAAAAUUUAUCCUAAUGUCAAGUAUUAACAACCAAUAUUUAGCUUAACCUAAUUUAGUAAAGCGGACAAAUAACAUCGUAAGAUUAGAGUCUCUGGUCGUCUUACAACCUCGACGACAACAACGACAACUACAACAAUAAAAGAAAAUCCCAGCCAGAAACUAAAAGAAGGGGAAUUCAAAGAUCUGGAAGAGUAGGAGACUAGGAGUUGUGGGACUGAGAAUUCAAAGAGACCAAAUUUAAUACCAAAAAAAAAAAAAAAAAAAAAAAAAAAAAAAAAAAAAGUCCCAAAAACACUAAAAUUCGUUUUGAAGAAAACUCAAUAGAGAGAGAAAAUUCACCGAUUUCAAAGGAGAAAAGAGAAAAAGAGGAGAGAGAAAAUUCAAUGGCGUCUUCAACUGUACAAUUCAUAGUAACCCCUUCAACAACAACUACUACUACUCCAUUAACAACAACUACAAAUCAAAAUCAAAUUCAAAAUCAAAUUCCAGUAGUUCCAACUCUCCCGCCACAAUCUCAACCACCUCUUUCAAAUAAUUUCAAUCCGAAGAAGAGACCUCUUGACCAUGCUUAUCUUCUUCAGAGUUCUCCUUACUUUAAGAUGCGUGCUUUUAUCAGAGACCUUCGUCCCCUUUUUCUUCAGGUUCUCCGUGCCCCUGACUUUCAAAACUGUGAAGCUGCCCGCAAGAUCCAAGAAAAAAUGACGCUUAUGGUAGAGUUAUGUAGACACCAGACAGCGGAGAAGGUACCGCUAGCUAAGUGCAACAGCGGAGCAGGAAAUUUAGAUUUCACUAACGAGAAACAGGGAGGGCCUGUGCAGAAGCCUGCUGAUCAGCCAUCACAAGAAAAGCGCUUCCCAGUAGGAAAUAAUCUUGAAAAGCCAACGCAUGGCAGUACCCGGAUCACGGGAACUUACAUUGUUGGUGGUUCCGCAUUUGGCUGGAAUUUCAUCACAUUCCAUGGAACUAAACCUGAGUAUUAUGGCAGAACCAAGGAGUCAUUUCGGGCUGGUAAAUGAGUUAUUUUCUCGACUGUUGGAAGGUUAUGGUGUCUUAUCUAGGGCUACUAAUAUUGAUGAAGCCAGCAUCUGUAUUCUGUACUCUAGUUCUUCCAUCGUUUUUUGGUGGGUCGAAUUUUUGAAGGCUUGCUCCCUUUUUUUACCUUUGGAUCUAGAAACUAGCUCCCAUUGCUAAUCUCUUGUAUAUUAGGCUAUCAACUUGUGGAGUGUGACUUUCUAUCUAGUUGCUGUAGGAGUUAAAUUUGGUGACUUGGUUUGUUUUAGAAUGAUCUGGUUUGAAUAUCCUCAUCAAUUUGGUAAAUGAAUUAAUUGCAAUUUAUAAUUUGUAACCUUUUUCCUACCAAAA